UCGUAACACCUUUUUGAAUAGCUUUGAUAGUAACCCAGAAUGCUCAGGUGAUCAGAAAACACACUGCAUAGAUUACCAAGGAGAUGCAUUCUUCAACAAAGCCAUACAACUCACCAAGAACCAGCUCGGAACUCUGAUCACUGACAGCUCCGGUCGAGCAAUCUUCGCCGAACCUCUGGUCUUAUGGGACAAAGACUCUGGCGAGGUUGCUGACUUCACAACUCACUUCACCUUCGUCAUAAAUGAACUCAAUUCUUCUGAUUACGGUGACGGUCUCGCCUUUUUCCUCACCCCUUACUCCUCCACCAUCCCUGAGAACUCCUCCGGUGGUGCUCUCGGGCUUUUUGAAGACUCCAAAAAGUUCAACCGCUCUGCUAAUGAGAUUGUAGCUGUGGAAUUUGAUAGCUUUCAGAAUGAAUGGGAUCCAAGCUCUGAUCAUCUUGGUAUUAAUAUCAACUCCAUUGUUUCAGUUACUAACAUGACAUGGCCUAGUAGUAUGAAGGAUGGGCGCAUUGCUAAUGCAUGGAUCACGUACAAUGCUAGUGCUAUGAAUUUGAGUGUGUUCUUGAGCUAUGAAAGCAAUAAUUUGAACUUCAAUGGAAAUUCUAGCCUAUCUUAUAUUGUAGAUUUUCGCGAAAUCUUGCCGGAGAUGGUCUCUGUUGGCUUCUCGGCCUCCACCGGAAGAGUUAUAGAGCUUCACAGCAUCCUCUCAUGGGAAUUCAGCUCAAGCUUAGUGUUCAGUGACAAGAGCAACAAGGUUAGGAUCCUUGUGGGAGUUUGUGUUGGAGUAGUAGUCCUUUUGGUGAUUCUUUUAGUGUUUGCAUGGCUUGUUUUGUGGAAAAGAAAGACAAGAAGAAGAAGAAGAUCACCAUCAUCAUCAUCAUCAUCAAGAAUGGAAGAAGAUGACAAUAUAGAUGUCUCCAUUAAUGAUGAGCUUGGUGCUAAGAGAUUCCCAUACAAUGAACUAGUUGCUGCUACUAAGGACUUCAGAGAAGAUUGGAAGAUUGGUGAAGGUGGAUUUGGAGAUGUCUACAAAGGUUUCUUGCCUGAUUUAAACCUUGAAGUUGCCAUCAAGAGAAUUUCAAGAAGUUCAAAACAAGGCAAGAAGUAGUUCAUCUCAGAGGUGAAGAUCAUAAGCAAAUUGCGACACCAAAAUCUAGUUCAACUCAUCGGUUGGUGCCAAAGCAAAGGCGAUCUCCUUCUCGUGUAUGAGUUUAUGCAAAACGGUAGCCUCGAUAAACAUCUUUACAGUGAAAAAUGUCUUCUUCCAUGGCCAGUGAGAUACAAAAUUGCUCUUGGCUUAGCAUCUGCAUUGCUCUACAUUCAUGAGCAAUGGAAGCAAUGCAUUGUGCACAGAGAUAUAAAACCAAGCAAUGUCAUGCUUGAUGCUUGGUACAAUGUCAAGCUUGGUGAUUUCGGUCUAGCAAAAUUGAUAGAACAAGGCCGGGGAUCUCAGACGACGAUAUUAGCCGGCACAAUGGGGUAUUUAGCACCGGAAUGUGUGGUCACUGGCAAAGCGAGCAAAGAGACCGACGUGUAUGGUUUUGGUGUGGUGGCAUUAGAGAUAUGUUCCGGCCGGAGGCCGCUUGAGCCAAAGGAAGAGCAACAUAAAGUGAAACUAGUAGAAUGGGUGUGGGAACUGUAUGGGAGGAAGAACAUCUUUGAUGCAGCUGAUUCAAGACUUGAAACAGACUUUGAUAAGCAUCAAAUGGAGAGGUUGAUGGUUGUUGGAUUAUGGUGUGCAAAUCCUGAUCAUAAUCUGAGGCCAAGUAUAAGACAAGUGUUGAGUGUUUUGAACUAUGAAUGUGCAUUGCCAGAGCUGCCUGCAAAGAUGCCAGUGCCAAUGUAUUUUGCACCAGCACUGGAUGCAGCAAAGUUGGUUUAUGGAUCACAGUGCUACUCAUCUGUUGAGGCUUCAACUAGUGCUGCUGCUGGGAAUAGGAAUAAUAACAAGAAUGAAGAGUAUUAUGCUUUCUAAUGAUCAUGAUAGUGGAGGAUAUGUUUCCAGUUCUUAUUCCAGUAUGUCCCCUGGUUCUUCUCCUUCUCUUCAUCUUCUCACUCCUAAAUCACUUCGAAGUUCAGAGCUUUGUUAAUUAAAUUCAGUUAUAUCAAUGCUUGUGUUUGUGUUUGUGUUUUUGCAAUAAGAUUGAUCAGAGAGGUGUAUUUUUUUGCUUGAAUUAAUUAAUUUGUGAAUGAAGUUGAG